UCCAAACAGAUCCUCCAGACGGACUGGUCGCCGAUGAUCAACGCGUUGAUUAAUAUUAACGAUCAUUUUAAUGAAGGACCGAAUGUCUGUCGCGGAUUUUCUGCGGGAAGCGGAAGCUCUCGGAAGGCUGCUGUUUAAAGAGGAGAGAGCGGCGGGACCGCGCGCGCUCACAGAGCUCCGGGAUCACAUGAACGCGCAGCUCCGAGCAGACAUGAUGAAAGUCCAGCAGCAGCUGCAGAAACUCAGGAACGGUGUCUUCAGGUUCCAGGAGCAGCUGAUGGAUGUCAAAGCGUCUCCAGAUGUGAUUGAGAAACUAAAAGAGACCAUGACUGAUAUUGAGAACUCCAUCAGUGUUUUCAAAGACACACAACAUCAGAGUUUCGAGGAGCUCCUGAAAGAAGAGAGGACCUUCUCACAGGAGAUCUGUGCCUUCGAGAAGAAGAUUGACUCCUGGUCACUGCCUGUGAAAGCAGACGUGCGUCGUCCUCGUUCAGACGAGAAGAGCGACUGGAGGAACCUUCCUCCGGAGCUGACGGCGCUCCAGACCUUCCUCCAGCAGACGGGAGGCAGACACGGCGGAUGGGACGAGUUUGACCACCACAGCUUCCUGAAAGUGUGGACGAAGCACAGCGGAAAGCCCUCGUUCAGACAAGAAGCCAAGCUUUAUUUACCUGGACGGACCGAGGAGGACGUCAGGCUGCAUGAGGAGUGGUUUGUGGAGCUGCGGCGGCUGCAGGACGCACAGAGAGAGGCCAUCCGCAAGUGGAGAGCGUCCAAGCGGAGAGAGCGUGAGCUGCAGCGGGACAGAGACGAGGAGCCGCGAGAGGACGAGGCCCGGUGUCUUCUGAAGCAGAAGCAGGAGGAGGAGCGCAGGGAGGCGUCGGAGCGCCUGGAGGCCUGGAGGAGGCGCAGGACACAGCAGAGAGAAGAGGAGCGAGAGCAGCGGCUCAGAGACCAGAUCCUGCAGCGGAGGAGAGACACAGAAGAGCGUCGGAGACAGCUGGAGGUCAAGCUCCUGGUGGAGGCACACGCCCAGCAGAAGAAGGAGCAGGAGGAGCUGCGUCUGCUGGAGGAGGAGGCGCAGGAGCAGGCGGAGAGACAGGAGCGGCAGCGGCAGGCGGCUGAAGGCAUCAGACGCUUCCAGGAGCGAGACUCACGACGCCUCGAGGAGAAACUCCAGGAGAAACAGAGCAAAGAGGAGGAGGAGAGCGAGCGGCAGAGGACACUGGACAAACUGAAGGAAAAGGUGGAGGUCAGCAGGGAUCCAUCCAGACUCUGGAAGUUCACUAAAGUUUGGGAAGAGCGCACGAAAGAGAUCGGUCCGUCCGGAACCGGACCCGUGUUUCAGAUCUUCCACAGAGCUGUUCCUUCAUGGAGACAAGACUCGUGAUGGAGCUUCACUGCACCGCUUCCAACCAACCCAAUGAACUGCAAACAAAUGUGUUGAAAUGUUGCAUUUUAAAUGAAGUUUCAAUUCAAGAUAAUGGUGGAAUCAGUUUAAUUAAACAUGUUAUACAUCACAGCGCGUCUGGUUGUAAGUCAUUGAGAAUUAAAGCAGCAGCGCCGGACUCUUAUUUUGCCGCGUGUUCGUGCAGCGGAAGCGGAAGCGGCGCGUUGACCGUGUUUCUUCUGUGCGAGGAUGGCGGAUUUUGACCACGAACUGAUAGAUUUUCUGCGCGAGCGGCACGUGCGUUUCUUCCAGCGCUGCCUGCACGUGCUGCCCGAGAGAUACGCGCCACAGGAGACCAGAAGGGCCCCGGGGCUCCUCACACGUAUGACAGCGGUCACGUGACCAUGACCUACACGGGCCUGGCGUGUCUGCUGAUCCUGGGAGACGAUCUGAGGCGUGUGUGUAGAGAAGCGGUGAUGAGCGGUCUGAGAGCGCUGCAGCUGGACGACGGCAGCUUCUGUUCUGUUCCUGAAGGGAGUGAGAACGACAUGAGUCGUAUGACAGCGGGAUCGGUCAGGGAGCCGGACUCGAGUCUCACGGCGGAUCCACCUUCUGUGCCGUGGCGUCUCUGUGCAUGAUGGGAAAGCUGCAGGAGGUGUUCAGCGAGCGACAGCUGAAGCGGAUCCGGCGCUGGUGCAGACGGGCUUCCACGGACGACCCAACAAACCUGUGGACACCCGCUACUCCUUCUGGGUCGGAGCCACGCUGGAGCUCUUAGACGUGUUCCAGUACACAGACCUUGAGAAGAACCGGAACUACAUCCUGUCCACGCAGGACCGCUUGGUGGGCGGCGUCGCUAAAUGUCCCGACAGUCAUCCAGGUACAGUUUCAGUGUUGUUCACAGCGCUGAAGAGCUUUUGUUUGUGUCUGUCAGUCGAAACCGCGGCGUAACCCAAUGCUGCAGGCCUCAAUGUGUAAUUGAUGAGACGAUUGUGUGUCGAGACUCGGGUUUCUGCAGGAUCUGGAGAUCUGACGUGUUUCCAGUGUCACCUGAUGACCAGAAAUCACACUGACCUCACAAUGCUGCUUUCAGGUCAAGUCCAGAGAGAUUAUUGUCAUCCAGUUCUAUGUAGAGACUCACAAAGGAGUGAGAUGUCUCGCAGAA